AUGGGUCUCCUCGACACUCUCAGCCCCCGAGCCAUUGUGGCCUCGGCCUUGGCGCUGAGCUCCCUCGCCUACAAUGUCGUUGCUCGACCUAGUCCCGAACCCAAAGCCGACUGGGUACGAAAAGGCCCUGCUCGCAAGAAGAUGUCGAAUCACAUCAAGCGUGCCGUUGAGGGCCAGAGCUACACUCGGCGAGCCGAAGAGCCUUGCGCCCAAGUCCUAGCAAAUUCCAUCACUGCUCCCAAACCCAACGUCUGGGGACAGCUGACAGGUGAAGAAAUUUCGUCGGUGGUUGAAUGGCUCUUUGGGCAAGAAGAGUUCAACCUGACUGUUACCGAUGAUGCUGGACCUUGGGAUAACACUAUCCAACUUGUCGAGGCCAUGUGGCCAAACAAGACCGACGCCCUUGCCUUCAUUGAUGGCGAUGCGCCUGCCCCUACCAAGUAUGCCCAUGUUCUCCUCAACAACCGCGCGACCGAGAACCCCUACUAUGCCGACAUCCUCGUCGGUCCUCUUCCACUCGACAACACAACCGUUUCCUGGGAGCCCCUUACUUUCCCCUACAACAAGCCCAGCGGUGACGGAAAGGUCCGCAACCUCGGUGCGGACGACGACAUUGUGUACGAAGAGUGGAUCUGGAAGAUUAGCGCCUCUAUUGCCGAUAUCACUCUCGACCUAUGGAACGGCACGGCCAUGGGCUUCGAGAACGAUACCCUUGACGUCUGGGGUAUCGACCCCUUGUGGCAGGAUGAUGGCAGGAUCAUCCGUUGGGACGGCUUCUGGACAAUUCCUGACGAUGUUUUUGAUGCCGAGACCCUCCUGCCCCUGGGCCUUUACUUCAUGUCCGACAUCACGGGUCGUGACCCUAGCAAGUGGUCGCUCGAGGGGUGGCUCUACAACGGCACCUUCUAUGCCACCACCGAAGAGUUCCGUGAGGCGUACUGGAGCUCCUGCUUCAAGAAGAACGGUCCCAAUCUCCCUGGUGCCUGGUCUGCCACUGACCACAACGGAGAUGUUCCUCCUCUGGAUUAUAACCACCCCCCGACCAUCGUUGCUCCAGCUGGCGCGAGAUACGGCGUCGAUCAUCAGCAAAAGUACGUCGAGUGGAUGGAUUUCAGCUUCUACAUCGGAUUCACUCGUGAUACUGGUAUGGCUCUGUACGACAUUCGCUACAAGGGCCAAAGAAUUUUGUACGAGCUUGGUCUGCAGGAGGCGUUGGCUCACUACGCUGGUAACGACCCGUUGAACUCUGGCAUCUCAUAUCUUGACACUUUCUAUGGAUUUGGCCCCUAUGCCUUUGAGCUCGUCCAGGGCUACGACUGCCCCACGCAUGCCACUUACCUCAACUCCUCCUUCUACAUCUCCGAGACCACCCACACGCAUAUCAACAGUAUCUGCAUGUUCGAGUACGUCUCCGAUUACCCGAUCCAGCGUCACACCACCAACCGUUACACCUCGGUGACUAAGAACACGUACUUCGUUAUUCGGUACGUCUCGACUGUCGGCAACUACGACUACUCUUUCAGCUACUCGUUCUUCCUUGACGGUUCUAUCUCGGUUGAGGUCCGCGCCUCGGGUUACAUCCAGUCCGCCUACUUUGCCGGUAACGAGGACUAUGGCUUCAAGAUCCAUGACAACCUCUCCGGCAGCAUGCAUGACCACGUGCUUAACUUCAAGGCGGAUUUCGACAUCCUCGGCACAAACAAUUCGGUGGAACUGAUGAGCAUGUCGCCCUCUACUGUUACCUACCCCUGGGCUAAGGGCAAGCCCAGGAACACCAUGCACUUGGAGCGAUCGUUUGUCGAAAGCGAGGAUGAGGGCCGGUUCAACUGGGCUCCCAACUCAGCCACGCAAGUCAUCGUUGUCAAUGAGGACGCGAGGAACAAGCAUGGCGAGUUCCGUGGCUACCGUGUCCUUCCGUCAACUGGCGCUGCCCACUUGACUGUGCUCAACUCUACCAACCUUGCCAAUGCUGGUCGCUGGGCUGAGUACGACAUCCAGAUCUCCAAGCACAAGGAUACCGAGCCCAAGGCGGCGCACCCUUACAACAGCCAGGACGUUCACGACCCACCCAUUGACUUUUCCAAGUUCUUCGAUGGCGAGAGCCUCCGCGAUCUGCCCAACACGGUCAUGACCACGGCGCACGCUGGUGUGCAGUUCAUGCCCAGCAACUACUUUGAGGGAGACGAGAGUCGCAAGACGGUCAACCAAGUCCGUAUCAACUACUCGGAUGGCAAGACGAGCGAGGUCGAGACGUUUGGGCAGAAGACCAAGGUCGAUGACUAUACGGGAACUUGCAAGCUGGUGUUCGAGCCGGUUGAGGCGGAUUUAUGGGGCUACACUGGUGAUAUCGUGGUGAGGAAGUUCCCCUAUGAUCCUAACAACCCGUGGUUCCAGACCGGCUCCAUUGUUUAG